GAGGCGCGCCGCGGCCUCCUUCCAAAACCCGGAGAAGUGGAUUCUGCGCUCCGCACGGCCUUUCCUAACCGUGGUGUGGCCGAGCGGGUCCAGGCUUGUCGGCAGGAAACUGGGCCCAGCGCCUGGAGGGGAAAGGCGGCCCCGAGCGGGAGCGGACGCGCCCCAGGCCUGCGCGAGUGAGCGUGCCGCGGGCCCCGGCCGCUCGGGCCUCCUUCCCGUCGUGCUCCCUUGCCUCUGGGACGCGGGGCGCUAGGCCGCGGCGGUAGGAUCCCCCCACCCCGUACACAGUCCCCCUCCCACCCUUGUAGUCGCGGGGUCCCGGGCCUCCGGCCGGAAUCCGGCGCCCCGCCCUCCCCGUCUCCUAGCAGCGCCGUGACGUGCGUGCGCCUUAGGGUGCGGGGCUGCGGGGCGGGGGUGAGGGGCAACGCCCGAGGGGAGGGUCUGGGAGCGCGCCCCGGGAGGGAUCCGGCGACUGGGAGGCCGCGCAGCUCCCCGCUCCCUGCCGGAGCCGGUUCCGUUUUCGCCAUUUGAGGACCUUGAGUUCCAAGCUCUUCCCUGCCGACACAGAGCCGUCCCUCUCCCCACCUCCUUGACAUUCGCGGAGACUUGGGAUAGUAAUUCUAGACCUUCAGUUGCAUUUUUGUUGGAAUUUUUCUGGAAAAAUUGAAUCUGAAUAUCAGAGGAUGUUUGUUCCAAGAUCUCUAAAAAUCAAGAGGAAUGCUAAUGAUGACAGCAAAAGUUGUGCAGCUAAGAAAAUUAAAUCAGAUGCAGAAGACCUUCAGCUGGAUGAAGGCAGAGAUGAUUCAACUGAUGCUUUAGUUACAAAAGAAGCCACGACGUCAGACAGGCCCAGCACAGAACCAUGCCCUUUCCCCAGCACAGCUGGCCAGUUGGCUGAGGUUUGUUUGGUUGGACCUGAGCAGGACGCAAAGGAUAGCGAUCUUUCUGAAGAGCCUGUAAAGUCAUUUUCCAAAACACAGCGCUGGGCAGAACCUGGAGAACCUGUCUGUGUUGUUUGUGGUCGUUAUGGAGAGUAUAUCUGCGAUAAGACAGACGAAGAUGUGUGUAGUUUGGAGUGUAAAGCCAAACAUCUUCUGCAAGUAAAGGAAAAGGAAGAGAGAUUAAAACUCAGCAGUCCUCAGAAAGCUGAUUCUGAGCCCGAGGCUCCACUUAAUGCUUUUUAUGUCUAUAAAGAGCACCCCUUUAUUUUGAACCUUCAGGAAGACCAGAUUGAAAAUCUUAAACGGCAGCUAGGAAUUGUAGUUCAAGGGCAAGAUGUCACCAGACCUAUUAUUGACUUCGAGCAUUGUGGUUUCCCUGAGGCCUUAAAUCUCAACUUGAAGAAAUCGGGCUAUGAAGUUCCAACCCCCAUCCAAAUGCAGAUGAUUCCUGUAGGACUCCUGGGAAGAGACAUUCUGGCCAGUGCGGAUACUGGCUCAGGAAAAACAGCCGCUUUUCUUCUUCCUGUUAUCACUCGAGCUUUAUGUGAGAGCAAAACUCCAUCUGCACUCAUUCUUACGCCAACAAGAGAAUUAGCCAUUCAGAUAGAGAGCCAAGCUAAAGAAUUGAUGAGUGGUCUGCCACGCAUGAAAACUGUGCUUCUGGUAGGGGGCUUACCCUUACCUCCACAGCUUUAUCGUUUGCGACAACAUGUUAAGGUUAUCAUUGCAACUCCUGGGCGACUUCUGGAUAUAAUAAAACAGAGCUCUGUAGAACUCCGUGGUAUAAAAAUUGUAGUAGUAGAUGAAGCUGAUACCAUGUUAAAGAUGGGCUUUCAACAGCAAGUGCUUGACAUUUUGGAAAACGUUCCUAAUGAUUGUCAGACCAUUUUGGUUUCAGCUACAAUUCCAGGUAGCAUAGAACAACUAGGAAGCCAGCUUCUGCAUAAUCCUGUGAGAAUUAUCACUGGGGAAAAGAACCUGCCUUGUUCCAGUGUGCGCCAGAUUAUUUUGUGGGUAGAAGAACCAGCCAAAAAGAAAAAAUUGUUUGAAAUCUUAAAUGAUAGGAAACUCUUCAAGCCUCCAGUGUUAGUAUUUGUGGACUGCAAGCUGGGAGCAGAUCUGCUGAGUGAGGCAGUGCAGAAAAUCACUGGUCUAAAAAGUGUGUCUAUACAUUCGGAGAAGUCACAAACAGAAAGGAAAAACAUUUUGAAGGGAUUACUUGAAGGAGACUAUGAAGUUGUGGUGAGCACCGGAGUCCUGGGACGAGGCCUGGACUUGAUCAGUGUCAGGCUGGUUGUCAAUUUCGACAUGCCUUCAAGUAUGGAUGAGUACGUGCAUCAGGUUGGAAGAGUGGGGAGAUUAGGUCAAAAUGGAACAGCGAUUACUUUCAUCAAUAACAAUUCAAAAAGACUCUUCUGGGAUAUUGCAAAAAGAGUAAAACCCACAGGAUCCAUUCUUCCCCCACAGUUACUAAACUCCCCUUACCUUCACGACCAGAAAAGAAAGGAACAACAGAAAGAUAAACAGACACAGAAUGAUCUGGUUACAGGUGCUAAUCUUAUGGACAUUAUUAGAAAACAUGAUAAAAGUAAUUCUCAAAAAUGACUUGUUAUACCACUGAACAAUUUUUUAUUGUGUAUGUUGUCCAUGAAAUUUCUGUAUCUUAUUACUGUAUGGUUUGAAUCAAUGGGACAUGUACAUGAAGCAAAAAAAAUUUAACAUAAUUUAAAUUUUUUUAAAUUGAAUAUCAGAUUUAUACCACAGUAUUAUAUUUAUUUCCCUUUAGCUCUCAUAAAUUAAAAAAAAAUCGGAAAAUGAAUUGCUAAAUAAAAUAAAAUUUUUUCUGUCUAGACAAAGCCUUUUUUUUUCCCCCAGUACUCUUGGAGCUGCUGUCAGAGCUGGACACCUGCACAGCGAGCAGUCAGACUCAGAAUGGUGAUAGUUUUGUUUAGUGUCCCCAGUGCGCUGCGGGCACAUUGGCACUUGGGUCAUUGUUGAAUAAAUGAAUGUUAGGAAGAAAGUAAAUGAUGGAAACUGGAAGAAAUGAUUGGUGCUUCUUUAAAAGAUCAGUGUGAAAUAUGUUUUAUUCUCAGUUGUUUUCCCUUCAGCUUGGUAAACAUUUUUUUUUUAAUAUAA